GUUAAACCUCCUGUGGAAGGUAGUAAUUUCGCGACUCUGCCUCCGAAGUCUCCUUCUCAUGCUGGCAUAGGCGACGAGGAUAGCUUUGGUACCCGUAAAGCCAGAUCUUCAUUUGGACGAGGCUUUUUCAAGAUAAAAAAUAACAAGAGGACCGCGAGUGCCCCCAAUCUGGCUGAAACGGAGAAAGGAUCUGCAGAUCACUUGGAUCUGGCUGGCUUGCCCCCUCGCCCUAAAGAAACAGAUAGUCUACAGAUGACUCCACCUUCUCCAGAUUCCAAGAAAAAGGCCAGAGGGAUCAAGAAGUUGUUUGGCAAACUGAAAAGAAGCCAGUCCACCACCUUCAACCCAGACGACAUGUCCGAGACGGAGUUCAAAAGAGGCGGGACACGGGCAACGGCGGGGCCACGGCUGGGCUGGUCGCGAGACCUGGGGCAGUCCCACAAUGAGCUGGACAUGCCAUUCGCAAAGUGGACGAAGGAGCAGGUUUGCAGCUGGCUCCAGGACCAGGGGCUGGGCUCUUACAUUAGCCAUGGCAAACACUGGAUACUGUCUGGGCAAACGCUUCUGCAGGCUUCUCAGCAGGAUCUGGAAAAGGAGCUUGGGAUAAAGCACCCGUUGCAUCGGAAGAAGCUUCAGCUUGCUCUGCAGGCACUCGGGUCUGAAGAGGAAAACAAUCACGGAAAACUGGAUUACCACUGGGUUACCAGGUGGCUGGAUGACAUCGGCCUCCCCCAGUACAAGACGCAGUUCGAUGAGGGCAAGGUGGACGGCCGAAUGCUCCAUUACAUGAGCGUGGAUGACUUGCUGUCCUUGAAAGUUGUCAGCGUCCUCCACCACCUCAGCAUCAAAAGAGCCAUUCAGGUGUUGAGAAUAAACAACUUUGAGCCCAACUGUCUGCGCAGGAGGCCGUCGGAUGAGAACAACGUCACGCCUUCUGAGGUCACCCAGUGGACCAAUCACCGUGUGAUGGAGUGGCUGCGCUCCGUUGAUCUGGCAGAGUACGCUCCUAAUCUGCGGGGCAGCGGCGUGCACGGGGGGCUGAUGGUUUUGGAGCCUCGUUUCAACGUGGAAACCAUGGCACAGCUGCUGAACAUCCCACCCAACAAGACGCUGCUGAGACGGCACUUGGCCACUCAUUUCAACCUCCUCAUCGGGCAGGAGGCCCAGCAGCAGAAACGCGAAGCCAUGGAGUCCCCGGACUACGUCCUCUUAACAGCGACUGCCAAAGUGAAGCCAAAGAAACUUGCCUUCAGCAAUUUUGGGAGCCUGAGGAAGAAGAAGCAAGACGAUGUGGAAGAGUACGUGUGUCCUAUGGAGCUGGGGCGGGCGUCUGGAAGUGGGUCGAAGAAGGGGUUUAAGCCUGGCUUGGAUAUCCGAGUGUAUGACGAUGAUGAUUUGGACAGGCUGGAGCAGAUGGAAGAUUCGGAAGGGACGGUGAGGCAAAUAGGAGCGUUUUCUGAAGGCAUCAACAACUUGACACACAUGCUGAAAGAAGAUGAGAUGUUUAAGGACUUUGCGACUCGCUCUCCCAGCACCAGUAUCACAGACGAGGACUCCAACGUCUGACAGUAACCACCAGGCACCGCCCAAGGCUCGCUUUCCUGCGCGCGAGGAGCGCCGCCGGCACACCUGACGGGCAGCCGAUCAUGUACAUCACCUUGCUCUUGCUUCUGUUCGUGAGAAGUAAUACUGGGGGGCGGAGAAUUUAAAGAAGAAGGAGAGGGGGAGGGGAAAAAAAAGGUGCCUACUCUAAAGUUGCCAUAAGAAACACCCAGACACUGGUGAAUGGUAAUUGUUUUUACUAUAUUUAAUGUACAAACGGGUGAGGUGUU